AUGAGCCUCCUCAACAAGCCCACGAGUGAGAUGACCCGGGAGGAGCUGCAGAAGCGAGAGGAGGAGGAGUUUAACAAGGGCCCGCUCUCCGUGCUCACGCAGUCGGUCAAGAACAGCACGCAAGUGCUCAUCAACUGUCGCAACAAGAAGAUCCUGGGCCGUGUGAAGGCCUUCGACAGGCACUGCAACAUGGUGCUGGAGAAAGUGAAGGAGAUGUGGAUCGAGGUCCCCAAGAGUGGCAAGGGCAAGAAGUCCAAACCCGUCAACAAGGACCGCUACGAUGAAGACAAGAAAGUGUCAAUUGGAUUUGGUAACCUGCAGGUCAUUAGUGAUCUUGACAAGAACAUUUCUGUGAAAGAGUGA